GAUAGAUAGAUAGAUCGAUGAGUAGUUAAGAAAAUUAGCAAGCAUAUUAUAAAAAAAUGUCUAAAACUAAUUUAUAUUUAAGAGAGCAAGGUAAUUUGUUAGCUGGUGCUUUUAUUUUGAUUGUCUCUUUGCCUGUCGUUUUGAUGGCUGCUAUAGCUACCUUAUGGGAGUGCAUAGACAGAAAGUUUAAAGGCUAACCAGGUACAGGUUUCCUAUUUAGAAUGGCAGCAGCUUUUAAUAAAAAAACUCAAUCAUUCAAUGAGCGCUUUGUCACUUACAAGGAAGAUGCAUACAUGAUGAAUGUGAUUAUCCUUUUGGCUGUCUUAGUACCUAUCUUAUUUACAUUGUGUCUUAAGUACACCUUAACAUAUGGCUUCAGUCUCAGUCUUUGUCUUGCCUACAAUGUCUUAAGACUUGGUCCUUUCAUGAUUAAUUUUGCAUAUGCUUAUGCUCUUUCCCACAAGGAAGGUCACAUGGGCAAGUCUCUUUACAAAGAACCUUAUGGAAUCCUCUUCCAAAAUGUUUUCAACUGGUUCAUAGGACUUUUCUACGGUAUUCUUCCUUCUACUUUUGCAAUUGGACACUCUAAGAACCAUCAUAAGUACAACAAUUCAUACUUGGAUAUUAUCUCUACUGCAGAUAGACCACGUGAUAAUUUUGCUAAUUGGGUAAGAUAUCUUCCUAGAUUUACAUUAUACGCAACUAAUGUCUCCACAGUUAUUUAAUUCUACAGAGAGAAAAAUUAUAAGUGCUGUAUUAAUAUGAUUGUUGGAACAAUUUAUUUUAUUGGAUUUGUUGUUUUCUGCUAUAAUAUACAUCCUCUCUUCGCCUUCGGGUAUGUCGUCUAUCCUUUCUUUGAGAAUGUCAUUCUCUUAGCAGCUAUCAACUGGUCAUGGCACGCCUUCAUUGAUCCUGUAAAUCCAGAAAACGAAUAUGCAUACAAUAUCACAAUUCGUUUUGGAACUUUUAACAUUCUUGAAGAAGAUUAUCAUGUAGUUCAUCACCAAUACCCUGGUGCUCAUUGGACAAAGCACAGCGAAUUAUAUGAAAAGCACAAAGAAGAAUAUGAAAAGCAAAAGGCUUCAAUGUUCUAGGAUACCCAUGCCUUCGAAGUAUUUGGCUUUGUUGCAUUCAAGCAAUACGAUAUAUUAGCUAACAAAUUGAUGACAAAAGAAAAUUUAACUCAUGAACAAAAGGUAGAAUUUGUUAAAGCAAGAGUUAGAGCAUGCACAUGGGGCCCAUUCCAAAAUGUAUAAUCUUCAUCAAAAACUGAUUGAUAUAAUUCAAAGCAGAUGUAUACGUGUGUUUUUAUGUAGUAUUUCAUAAAAUUUAUACUGAAUUAUCUU